AUGCGAACAAAACAGGUCCCAGUGCUCUGGGCCUGUUUCCUCCUGUGGAAUCUCUACAUCUCCUCCUCCCAGGCUGUUUACCCUGGAAUCAAGGCAAGGAUCACCCAGCGUGCACUGGACUAUGGUGUUCAAGUUGGGAUGAAAAUGAUGGAGGAAAUGGCAAAGGAAAUUGCCAUCCCAGAUCUGAAAGGUUCUGAGUCUCUUGAGUUUCUGAAGAUUGACUACGUAAAGUACAACUUUUCAAACAUAAAGAUCAAUGCCUUUUCAUUGCCAAAUAGCUCACUGGCCUUUGUGCCAGGGGUCGGAAUCAGAGCACUGAGCAACCAUGGCACUGCCAACAUCAGCGCUAACUGGGAAGUCAGGGCUCCGCUUUUCCAAGAUUCAGGAGCUGCUGAUCUGUUUCUCUCUGGAAUCUACUUUACUGGCAUCAUUGUCCUCACCCGUGAUAACCUUGGUCACCCAGCCGUGGAACUCCAAGACUGCCGUGCCCAAGUGAGCCAUGCCCGAGUCUCAUUUUCUGGAGGCCUCAGUGUCCUGUAUAACUCCUUUGCCGAGCCCAUGGAGAAACCCAUUUUGAGGAAUUUAAACGAAAUGCUCUGUCCCAUUGUCAUCAAUGAAGUGGAUGCACUCAAUGUCAACAUCAGUGCCCUGGAGGUUUUAACAAAGAUUGAUAACUACACUGUUCUGGAUUGUUCCCUGAUGAGUCCUCCAGAAGUCACUGAGAACCACCUUGACUUGAACUUGAAGGGUGCAUUCUACCCACUGGAAAGCCUCGUUGACCCUCCCUUCCUACCAGCCCCCUUUGAGCUCCCAAGGAACAAGGACUCCAUGCUCUGCAUUGGCGUAUCUGAGUAUUUCUUUAAAUCUGCUUCCUUUGCACACUAUGUAUCUGGGGCUCUUGGUGUCAUGCUGUCCACCAAGGAGAUUUCCAACUAUUUCAAUCAAAAUACUCAAGGAAUUGGCAGCGUGCUCUCCAAGAUUGCAGAGAUCUACGUCUUAUCCCAACCAUUCAUGCUGCAGAUCAUGGCCACGGGGCCUCCUGUGAUCAACUUACACCCAAACAAUUUCAGCCUGGAGUUCCCUGCUGCUGUCAUCAUGCUCACUGAACUGCAGAACUCCACCAUCGAGCCCAUCGUCUCCAUGGACUUUAUUGCUAGUACCAGUGUUGGCCUGGCUAUUUUGGGACAAAAACUGAUCUGUUCCUUAUCUCUGAACAGAUUCCGCCUCUCUUUGCCACAGAACAGCCAUAGAGAUGCUAAGGUCGUGAGGUUUGAGAAUAUCCUAUCUUCCAUUCUUCACUUUGGAGUCCUCCCGUUGGCCAACACAAAACUGCAGCAAGGAUUUCCUCUCCCCAACCCCUACAACAUCUCAUUUGUCAACUCAGACAUUGAAGUUCUCGAGGGUUUCCUUCUGAUUUCUACUGACCUGGCGCAUGAGACAUCCUCAAGACAACAGCCAAAUCUCCACAGUUGGGGAGGUCUGAACCUGGUCAAUAGACCAUGGAGAGAACAGCCAACCCAUUGAUGGCUGGGUCCCAAUCCCCCCAGGAAGUAAACAUCCUUCUGUCCCACAGAACCUGGAAGAUGAAGGCCAUGCACCCUGGAUGUUAAAGUCCUGUGACACAGUUCUCUCUGGAGCCCUAAGAGACCUAGAAUGAGGCCGACUGAGUUAAAGGGUUGAACAGGGACAAGGCAGUAGGGAUGGGAUAUAUGUAUGUCAGUGUAUGCAAGCAUGCUGUGUGUUUAUAAUCUGUGGAUAAGAACGAGGCAUACCAAUCCACCCAGGUGGGUAAGGAACUUGUCUGUAUCUGCACUGGCUCUGUGUGUGUGUGUGUGUGUGUGUGUGUGUGUGUGUGUGUGUGUGUGUUGUAUGUCUGCUCUUUAGAGAGACUCUUUAGUUGGAUUUUGUGUUUUAUGUUUACUAUCCUGUUCUUAAUUAAUUAAAUUGUUUUCUAUCAA